AUGGCAAAUGCAUCUGGUUUCUUUAGUCCUUCAGUUCCAAGUGUAAGUAGGAGGAUUAAGCCUUUAAUAGGGACUACUGGAUCUGCGUUUUCCUUCUCUGAAGGAAUAUCAAAGAGGGUAUUUUGCUCUAGCUCCAUCGAAGGCUCUGAGAAGCUUUCAACUUCUCAAUCUCGAAUACCCAGGAUCAUUAGUAAAGGCUGCAAGUUAGUGGGAAGUGGCUCAGCAGCACCCACUCUCCAAAUUUCAAAUGAUGAUCUUGCAAAAAUGGUUGAUACAAGUGAUGAAUGGAUAUCUGUUCGAACAGGAAUUCGCAAUCGACGGGUUCUCACAGGCAAAGAAAGCUUGAUUUCUCUAGCCACAGAGGCAGCAAGGAAAGCUCUUCAAAUGGCAGAGGUUGAUCCUGAUGAUGUGGACCUAGUCUUGAUGUGCACAUCCACACCUGAGGAUCUUUUUGGUAGUGCCCCUCAGAUCCAAAAGGGACUUGGCUGCAAAAAGAAUCCUUUGGCUUAUGACAUCACAGCUGCAUGUAGUGGAUUUAUGCUGGGUCUAGUCUCAGCUGCUUGUCACAUUAGGGGAGGUGGGUUUCAAAAUGUGUUGGUUAUUGGUGCUGAUGCUCUUUCUCGACAUGUUGACUGGACGGAUAGAGGGACUUGUAUUCUCUUCGGAGAUGCUGCAGGUGCUGUGCUGGUACAGGCAUGUGACACUGAGGAUGAUGGCUUAUUCAGCUUUGACUUGCAUAGUGAUGGUGAUGGCCGAAGACAUUUGAACGCCGGUAUCAAAGAAAAUGAAGUGGAUCACACAGUAGGUUCUAAUGGUUCAGUCUCAGACUUCCCUCCCAGGCACGCAUCAUAUUCUUGUAUUCAGAUGAAUGGAAAGGAAGUUUUCCGCUUUGCUGUGCGAUGCGUACCACAGUCUAUAGAGUCUGCUCUUAGCAAGGCUGGUCUGACUGGGUCUAGUAUUGAUUGGUUACUGCUUCACCAGGCAAACCAGAGGAUCCUUGAUGCAGUUGCCACACGUUUAGAAGUUCCCCCAGAAAGGGUUCUAUCAAAUUUAGCAAAUUAUGGUAACACGAGCGCUGCUUCUAUUCCACUGGCAUUGGAUGAAGCUGUUCGAAGCGGGAAAGUGAAGCCAGGCCACACCAUUGCUGCUGCUGGUUUUGGUGCUGGCCUAACCUGGGGUUCUGCAGUACUUAGAUGGGGCUGA